GUUGAGUGUGAGACGCGUCUAACCUCAAGGUCUAUUGGGUGUUGAGUUGUUCUGCGAGUUUCCAGUGUGUGAUUGUGUUGUGUUUAGGAUUUCCUUGACUGUAAAGUGGAGAUGCGAUGAGCGGAGCAGACUUGGAGGGGAACAGGAGUGAGGUCCGUCCCUUGGCCAGUCUAGGAAACGAAACAUGCUUCUUGGACGCCAUCCUGGGGGAGAUCCUCCAGCCGCAGCUGUCAGAGGCCGUGGCCCGCGAGAGAGCCUGGGGGCGGCGACGCGACGUGGCCCCCUCGGCACCGCCACUGGAGGUCGAGGAAGUUGAGGAAGUGGAGGAUGUUACUCCAAUAACUCUAGGAGAAUGGGAAGUAACAGCUCCAGAAGAAACUCUGGAGGGUGAAUCUCAUGACGAAACCACCUUGGAAGAAAGUAGUUCUUCGGAAGCUACCAGCGCAAGACUCCUGGAGUUGGUCACAGCUUUGGCCGACACUCUACCUCCACCUCCUCCCGACCCUUGCGAGAUGACCAGGUGCGACUCAUGGCAGUUCUCCUCCCUCGUGGAUGUCCCGGUUCCUGACCAUCCCUCGGGAACUUCUAGCCCCUCUACGUGUACUAGUUUCGAGUCCCUCUCGCGUGCCCUGGAUGGCUUGUCUACUAGAGCGUCCAUGUAUUUGCAGAGGGAGCAUGCCACGUUGCCUCCACGGCCUAGGUCUGCGUCGCCUUCAGUUCCGGUUCCACCUGAGGAGGAAGACAUGGAUAGUUUUGUCACAGCUGUGGAUGAACCUGAAGAUAGCGAGGGGCCGUCUCCAAGGCAACCGCGGGUGCGCAGUCUCAGCACUGGUAGCCAAACACCCAGCGAUCCUCUGGCCAAACCUUCACACCGCUGGUUACGGAUGUCCAUGCGGAGGGCGAGGCCCUUCAGACUCGACGAGCCUGUAGCGCCGGUCGCACCACCUCCUGGAACCUCUCGACCCAGUAGUGCCCCGGUGGCUUCGACCAGUCGUCCAUCCCGGGGGCGAAGACGGAGGAUCAGUUCUUCGACGAGCAGACGACGCGAGAACGCGCAGAACGACCCAGUUAGUCCCGACCACUCGUGGACCUCCCAUCCUAUCAGUGAUGACGAGAGUGUGGAGUCUACUCCGAGGAGGCAGCCUAGGCCGGAGAACCCGUUCAGUGUGUAUGAGAUGCCACGAGACUGUGGCAGUGUGCUGGGUCAGUGGCCUCAUGGCCUCAGCUCAGUGUUGGCCUCUCUGGGCUGCACUCUCGGCCUCUUCAACAUCAGCAGGUUCGCGAUACUCAGCGUUCAGUUUGGUGCCAACUUCUUCCUACAGUUCCUCAUCAUGUCGGCGCUUGUCGGCAUUCCUCUCUUCACCUUCCAUGUGUCCCUUGGACAGUUGCUGGCCGCUGGCACCAUGGACAUGUGGAGGAUAUCCCCAGUGUUUCAGGGUGUAGGCAUAGCUCUACUCCUUUCCCAAGCUCUCCUGGGUAUCUACAGCAUAGUAGGAGUAUCCUGGAUGUUUAUAUACUUCAGAGACUCCUUCAUCACUAAGCAGGACAUUUACCGGUGGGCCGAGCCUUUCAACGCUUAUAGAGAUGACGGCCAGUCGAUGCUAUACAACACAACGCCAGUCAAGAUAGAGGAGACGGUUCCGGACUACUUCAGCGGAGUUGUGCUCCAGAGGAACCUCAGCAAUCCUGGAGGAUCUCCCGGACAUCUCAAGUUCCAGGCUACCUUCAACCUAGCCGUCGUCUGGAUGCUAGUAUUCAUAUCUCUUAGUAAAGGUCUUAAAUCCUACGGGAAGGUGGUGUACCUGUUUUCUCUAGUCCCUGUUUUCGGCAUGUUGCUCUUCUGUUCAAAGUUGCUCGGUUUCAUGCCAGCGGACCCAAAGUUUCAGUUUCUCUUUCCGGAAACUGAGUGGAGCGAGUUCUUUCUAAACACAAAGAGUUGGGUGGCCGCAAGUACGGAAGCCUUCUACACGUGGGGUCUGCUAGGGGCUGCUGCGAUGCAAGUUGCGUCUCACAACCGUCCGAAGCACUACCUUCACCGAGACACUGCCAUCGUCAUCGUCUUCACUCUGUCCAUCCUAGCUCUGUCAGCCUUCCUGGCCAACUCUUGUACGCAGAUACUGCUGGCCCACGGAUACAUUUACUUGCCUAGCUCGUUUGAACGCAUGUCCACAUACGCAUUUCUGCACCCGGUGAAACAGCCGCUGCCCCACGCGUACGCAGGGACACCUGUACGAUGGUUGACACAUUCCCAGUUUGUGGUCGGAGAGGCUGUAGCCAUGCCAGGGACCAACCCUCGACAACAGAGCGGCUACCAAGCGCUACGAUUGGCCACAGAACUCGUUCCGUCCACACUCGCUCUCAUCGGAGCUAACAAUCUGUCCCCGUUCUGGUCCGUGUUGUUCUACUUCGUUCUCAUCUUGUUCGGCAUAGCACAACAGCUGGCAAUUUGGCAUUGCCUGAUCACUGGGAUCAUGGCAAUAAACAUUAAGAAACUGAAGAACUGGGAAACGACCAUAACCUUCUUCACUUGCGCCUGUGGUUUCAUACUGGGCCUUCCAAUGGCCACCCAGUUCGGCAUCUUCGUGGUGUACUUCCUCGACUACACUGUCGGCGGAGGCUGGUGGAUCUUGUGCCUCUACCUGGUGGAGAUCAUGGCGGUGUUCAUGGUCCGAGGCCGUCCGUACAGUGGGGAAACUGUAGUGACAGCGUUGUUCUCACGGGCUGGAUCCUUCUUACAGAACUUCAUUGCACCUCUACUCUCCUUCGUGUGGAACGUGAUUCUGCCUGUGCUUAUGAUGGUAGUUUUCAUUACAAUCUUCAAGAACGGACAGUUUCGAGACUGGUUUCGCUGGAGCGCUCCGAUGUUGUACGACUACUGGCCGUCGUGGUCCCGUGAAUUUGGAUGUCUUCUACAAAUACUGCCUUUGUUGACGAUUCCAUUCAUCGGACUUGUGCAAAGUUGUCGUUAUCUCUCAGACGGGCCGCCGGACAUCUUAGAUCGUAUCCAGAUGCUGUAUCGGCCGGAGAUGGGCAGUGUAGCCAGUGUGUUGGACUUCACCGCACAGACAGACGUAGAGAGCAGCAAUGCAGCAGUUAGCAACGUCGCAGUCGAAGACCCUCCCCCCAAGUACACACCUCCCCCCUCCUACACCACCGCUACUGGCGCGAGGAUUGCCAAACUCUUACGGCAGAGUUUUAGACGAAGCAUGCGGCGGAUAACGACAGCGAUCGGCGGAGAAUCAAGCGUGCCGUCAGCCCGGCCUCGGCUGCCUCUCCCCCCACCACCAGACUAUUCCACCGUGUUAGUGGAAAUGCACCAGAACCAACACACGGACCAUAGUGAAGUGAUAGUGAAUAGGACAGACCAUUCAACUUUGACCGCGGAUGACGUGGCCACAAUAUUACGCAGCAGUAUACGCCGGCCGAGAGACAAUGUGGUGGAAAGUUCGAGUUCGGAGAGGUUAGUGGAUGCGGCCGCGCCCAUCAACGAAGACUCGAUCGUGUUAGAAACGGUUCACAUAGAUAAAAGCCUGGAUCUCCACAGGCAUUAGGCAGUGUGGAAUAUUUGAUCUUGUAAAUAUAAGGUAAGCUUGGAUGGUUCGACUGAUAUAGUUGAUUGUUGAUCAAAUUGAUACGGUCUUUGUUACUGAAGUGUUUCUCUGGUGGAAUGCGCAACAAAUUAUUUGUACUUGACCAAAUAAGAGAGACAGUGAAAAAUACUUUCAAGCGUAAGAUAAAAGUAUAAUCAAUCUGGAAAUUAUAAUGGAAGAAAACUGAACUAACCUUACGUGUAUCUAGUCUUUCUUCUAUUUUGUGAUUUUAAUACAAAAACAAUAAUAAUCAAUUUAGAAAAUUAAUUUUAGUCUCUAGACUCUAUUCAGUGAAUAAAAUUUUACAACCUAAAAUUUUAUCUUGGUUAAAACAAUUUAGAUUUUUUACAGC